AUGUUGGUCGCUAUGACUGCGAUGCUCGUGUCCGUGGCAGAGUUCUCCAACAUACUGUCAGUUUUGGCGGUGCUCAUGUGCUUUUGCGCUAUGUUCCUGCUGAUCAUGAGGAAUAUGACAGUAUUUUGGCUGCACGGCGAAGAACUAAUGUUUGGUGGUAAUACAGUACAUCCUGUUCAACAAAGGAUACCUCAGAUGAAAAUGAUGAAAGUCCACAUACCAUUCACAUUUAAAUUACACGAGACAUCUAAUUCUUCUUAUUCGGAUCUUCGAUGCACAAUCUCAAGCCAAGUUCCAUAUACAUUGCAAGCAUUUUGGGGCGUUUCUAUCCGGGAACUUCAUCAUUUCCUGUGGAAAGCAUGGAGCUCAUUUCAGACAGCCGUCAACGACGAUUCAUUACUCCGUGGACAUUACCAACAUUGCGGAUUAACUUUGCACGAAACAAGCCAUACAGAAAAAACCAUUCAGAUGUUUAUGCCAGAGGGAAAAUUGGAUUUGGGAACACCUCCUCGACAUUGUUAUCCUUUGGUUAUAUUCCUCAUACGUGACACUCCCGAAAAUUCUACUUUACAUCCAGACGAGACAGUAGCAUUGGUGAAUGUAGUACAUAUCCGGGAUAACGUUUGCACGUUACCCACUAACAUUUUAGCGCAAUACCUGAAACAAGCAAAUGGACAAUUGUCAUCAUUAAAGCAACUGUAUUUGGCAACCGGCAACGCUCUCAGUUAUCAAGACGAUGCCUGCAACGAUGACGCGUCACAGAGGGCUGUCGUUUUGGACAACAGCGGUGGCAGCAGCUUUAACACCGGUCAGGAACAACUGUGCGUUGUAUGCCAAUACUACCCACUAUCAAGAGCUCUGUUGCCGUGCCGUCACACAUGCAUUUGCGCAUCGUGCUUCGGCAAGCUGGAGACAUGCCCGAUGUGCCGCAGCCCGAUCAAGAGCUACUUCUGCGUGCGCAACGAAGAUUAUUUGGCCGAUUGUGCGUUAGGCCUAGAGAAAACGGGAGCGUCGGCCAAACGGCAGGCAUUUUCCCAAUGGAUUCAAAAUAGUAUCACGGAAUUUCUCGGCCUACAUUAGGUCUCCACCCACAAACCCAUACCCUCAACAUCCCGUUCACCCCCCUCUCACACCAUCAUCGCCACCAUAAAUCCUGCAUUUCUCCUCUCACGGCCUCAUCAUCUUCUUCAUCUCUUUUAACUCGAAUCAGUCGUUUGCUGUUAACAUGCAUUUUUCCCCCUACAUAUAAACAGACAUUCACUAACACAUCAAUCGAUUUAUAACAACCCUUUGUCGUAUGCAAAUAGAACAUAGGAUCUUGAGGUACAUCCUACAGUUAAUUAAUUCCUCCUCUCUAUAUAAUGUAAAUUAAUCUAUAUACAAAUAAAAAAAAAAAA